AUGGCGUCCCGGGCAGAGUCCGAGAAGGCCAAGGGCAGCGACCUGAGCGAGGUGCUGCCCCAGUCGUGCCAUGCAGCCUUCGAGGAUGCCCUCGAUUUCAUGUACUCAGAGAACCAAGCUGCCUUUGAGGCGCCUGCGUCAAAGGCGCUGCUGCUUCUCAAAAUUGCAGACAUCCUGGGCAUCAACAGUCUCUUCGACGCGAUGGGCCGGCGGAUCGAGGCUGCCUUUGCCGAUACGGCGCCUCUCCUGCUGGAGCAGUACUGCCGCUUUCACAUUCCAGGCACGGAUGAUGGUGCCGCUCUCCGGCAAAUCCGUGAUGGUGCUGUCGAUCUGAUCGUCAAAAAGUUUCAGCCUUUUGUGACCAACCCCGACAUGAAGACGGCUUUGUUGCGUCUUCCUGCGCGAGUCUUGGCCGAGAUCUUGGAUGCUGAUGAGCUUCUGGUGGAGAGCGAGGAUGCGGUCUAUGACUUUGUCUUGGAUCGUCUUCAGCUGGGGGAGUCCACGGACUUGGAGGGAGCAUCCUCCAGCCAUGGUCCUGAGUCCCGCUCGGAGCCUCUGGAGACAGGGAAGGCAAGCACUUCGCGCUUGGACUACAUGGAUGAGAGUGAUGAAGAGGCCCUCUGGGACGAAGUGCGGUGGGCCUAUCUCAGCUCCCGGAAGUUCGCCCAGGCCCUGGCGCUGCACAAGACCCUUUUGAAACCUCAGGUCACUCUUCGUGCGCUGACUGCCCGGGCUGCGCGCUUCGAUCUCGGAGGUGCAGAGGCAUUUGCCACUCUUGGUUACCAUGCUGUCGUGCCCAGGAAGCCGAUCUUGCCUCCUGGGGUGCCACCACCAAGCUCAACAGAAAUCGAUUUCUGUUUUCACUACGCGCACUCUGAGCAGUACGCGUGCGGGCAGGCGCUUCGUUCGCAGCCAAAGCGUAUUGGCGACGUGGUCCUGCGGGUUCUUGUCUUCCCGGCCGGCACUGAUACCGGUGUCGCUAGGGGGUCCCUCUCGGUCUUCCUUGAGGCCGUGCCUCAACCACAUUGGCCUCGCGAUUGGGAGUUUGCCAACAUAAGGUAUGGCAUUGCUUGCAUGAAGUGGCCGUCAGGCAGUGGCGAGACCUGCCCCGCUCCAAAGAAGAAGAGCGACCUUUGGACCUUCAAGGCCAACCGACUUGAUCGCGGCUGGCACGAUUUCCUAGCACCUGGAGAGAUUCAUCGGUUCCUGGGCCCGGAUGGCUUUGUUUGCAUCCGCGGCUCGCUGGAGCAGGAGUGCUUAGGUCGUGCAUUCCUGCUGAAUGCACAAAGUGGACACAGUGGCUAUUCAGGUGCACCUGGUGAUGCUGCUGGAUCUUCCGCCUGCCGCCGGCCGUGGGUGCCACGGGUCGCCAUGGCUGCCAACGAGCGGUCCGAAUGA